AUGUUCCUAGUCUCGAGGUGCAUCAAUUUUACCUUCAGUGUCGCCGCCAUUGCACCUUCGUUUUUCCCCCCUCUCCCUUCCCCCACAGCUAACGACCAACGAGGACGAGACAUUGACAACAGCUUCAGUGAGAAGCCCAAGGGCACCCACAUCUUCGGCUGCGACCUCUGCAGCUACUCCUGCUACAGCGAGAACCGCGUGAUGCGCCACCGCGUGAACCAUGCCACCCCUCCUCUGCAAUGCCACGUGUGCGGGGACGAGUUCCCCCUGUUUGUGUCGCUCGUCCGGCACAUGCGGACCCACUUCACCGCCAAGCCGUACCGGUGCGACGUGUGCCUGGCGCGCUUCACGGUGUCCAACCUCCGGGACCACAUGCGGACCCACACAGGGGAGCGGCCGUUUGCGUGUGGGCACUGCCAGAAGUCGUUCGCGCAGAAGUCCAGCCUGACCAAGCACCUGGCGGUUCACACGGGAGCGGGCGUGUUCACCUGCAAUCUGUGCGCCCAGGCGUUCGCGAACAAAUCCGCGCUGAAGGAGCACGUCGCCUCGCACUUCGGGGCGCAAGAGGUGCUUUCGGCGCCUGUUCCUCCCGCCCUCCCAAACGACGCAGAGCGAGGCAGGGCUUCGCCUCGAGAUGUGCCGCCAGCGGAACCGGGCGUGGGACCCCCGUCGGCGUCGGGUAAGUCCCCUUUGCGUCUUCUCCGCUCGGAAUCGCCGGUGAGGGAGUGUUCCCGCCCCAAGUGA